UGUACCAUGUGCCGAUGGGUAUUACAGUAAAGGAGGGGCUACUGAGUGUAUACUCUGCCCUGAGGGUCACAGCUGUAACAUAACGUCUAAUGAUCCAGUACCAUGCAAACCAGGAAGUUACGCUCCAUCAGGUCACAUGGCAUGUCAGUCUUGUCCAAUAGGCUCAUACUGUCCAACAUCAAAACUGUCACAACACAUCCCAUGUGUUAAUGGUACCACUGCAUUAUCAAAGAAUCAAACAUCAUGUGAUCCAUGUCCUGCUGGCAGUAAAUGUAUUGAUGCCACACAAUCACCUAUACCAUGUGCCGAUGGGUAUUACAGUAAAGGAGGGGCUACUGAGUGUAUACUCUGCCCUGAGGGUCACAGUUGUAACAUUAAGUCCAAUGAUCCAGUACCAUGCCAACCAGGAAGUUACACUCCAUCAGGUCACAUGGCAUGUCAGUCUUGUCCAAUAGGCUCAUACUGCCCAACAUCAAAACUGUCACAACACAUCCCAUGUGUUAAUGGUACCACUGCAUUAUCAAAGAAUCAAACAUCAUGUGAUCCAUGUCCUGCUGGUAGUAAAUGUAUUGAUGCCACACAAUCACCUGUACCAUGUGCCGAUGGGUAUUACAGUAAAGGAGGGGCUACUGAGUGUAUACUCUGCCCUGAGGGUCACAGUUGUUCAAAUAAAACAUUGGAUCCAGUUCGCUGUGGUAUUGGAAAACAUGCUGCCAGUGGGAAAAUAUCAUGUGACUCUUGCAGUCGUGGCUAUUAUUGUCCCUUGGAGAUUACAGCAAAGCAGAUUCCAUGCCCAAGAGGUUACUAUGCCAACAAGACUGAAAUGUCAGCCUGUAUUCCUUGUGAAAGAGGCUACCAAUGCGCUGUUGCAAGUAACACACCAGAACCUUGUCCAGCAGGCUACUUCUCUGACAUAAAGGGAUCAUCAUCCUGUACCCAGUGUUCUUUGGGCUACUACAAUAUCCUUAGUGCCCAAGAAAACUGUAUUCAAUGUCCAGCUGGAAGUCGCUGCCCAAAUAGAGACUCAGGACCAAUUGUCUGUUCAAAUGGACAGUAUUCCCCUGCAGGCUCGCCAGAGUGUUUAUCAUGUCCUUCAGGGAAAAUAUGCUUAGACCCAAGGCAAGCUCCAGUUCCUUGCACGUCUGGAACCUACAGCAACGCAACUCACUGCAUACCAUGUGAUGUUGGUCACUACUGUCCUUCCCAGUCCAACAAACCACAGCCAUGUCCAAGUGGUACCUAUUCUGAUGCCGUAGGAUCUGUAACAUGUAAAGUUUGCCCUGCAGGCAGCUCAUGUUUAAACCCAGCAGUUUCUCCUGUUGCUUGUGGUAAUGGAGAAUAUAGUAUAGCAGGACAGUCUACUUGCAAGAAAUGCCCUGAUGGUACAUAUAGCCUUGGAGGGGCCUCCAGAUGCCUGUUGUGUCCUGCAGGGCAGACAUGCCUAAAUGGGUCAACAUCUAUAACACCUAAGGAUUGUGUAGCAGGCACUUACAGUUCACCUGGUGAAGGUCACUGCAAAGCCUGUCCUAUAGGUACAUUCAGCAAAGCAAGAGCAUCUUUCUGCUCAUCAUGUCCAGCUGGUUUUACCUGUAAUGACCCAAGUCAAGACCCACAGCCUUGUGCAGCUGGAAAUUACUGGAACAAUGGUGCAAAGGUGCCUCAAUGUGCUCCAUGUCCUGCUGGCUACAAAUGUGAAAAUGCAUCUCAGCCCCCUGUGCCUUGCAAUCCUGGGUCUUAUUCACAACAGGGAAAAUCAACAUGUGAGCAGUGUACUGCAGGGCAGGCUUGUCCAGAUCCAAGCAAAGCACCUAUCACUUGUCCAGUUGGUACCUACAGCGAUGUGGGUGCGACUUCAUGUACUCCCUGCCCAGCUGGAAAGAGCUGCCCCACGCCAGGAUCACCCAGAACACCAUGCAGUUCAGGUUCCUACUCCAUCAAGGGAGAGGCUAACUGUACUGACUGUCCAGUUGGCUAUAUGUGUCCAACAACAGCUCAAAUCCCCAUUCACUGUCCUAUUGGAACUAUGACUUUCGGGAGAAAGAAGGAAAUGAACUGUACAAGCUGCCCUGCUGGAUACGAGUGUAUUAACCCUGAGUCAAACAUGGUAGCCUGUGGAUCAGGUUCUUAUAGUCUCGGAAGUUCUGCAAAAUGUAUCCAGUGUCCUGCAGGAAGUGCUUGUCCAACCACAGAUAAAUUACCAGUACCAUGCAUACCUGGUCAAUACAGCAAUGCUGGGUCAACGAACUGUAGCACUUGCCAAGCUGGCUGGGAAUGCCCAUCAGUUUCUUCGUCAAGUGAAAACAGAGAAUGCCAAGCCGGGUACUACUCAGUUGAUAAUGCUCAAAGAUGUACUGUUUGUCCAGCUGGGUUUUACUGUCCAUUCACCAAUAGACCAAAAGAGGAAGCCUGCCCCACUGGCAAGUAUUCAGUGGGUGGCCAAGCAUCGUGUACUUCUUGUCCAGCUGGAUGGAAAUGCCCUGAUGUAGAUGGUACUGGAAAUGUUCCUUGCUUGGCUGGAACAUAUUCCACAGGAAACCAAGAAAGCUGUACAGAUUGUCCAGUAGGAGUAGCCUGUCCCUACACGAACAGUGAUCAAAAUGUAACAUGUGCCCCAGGGUGGUACUCUACUGGACGUCAAACUACAGGAAAGUCCUCCGGAAUCUCGAGCCCUACUGGUGUUUGUGUGGAAUGCCCUUCAGGGUCAUUUUGUCCCAAUAUUUCAUCCCUCCCCGAGAGCUGCCCUCAGGGGACCUACAGUCUUGGUUCCGCUGUCAAUUGUACAGAUUGUCCAGCAGGCUAUAAAUGUCCAGUCACCGAUGUACCUCCACAACCUUGUGAAGCGGGGAAAUACAGUAAUUCAUCAGCUACAGUAUGUACUGACUGUAGUGCAGGAUACGUCUGCAAGGGUCGUAACACCUCCCCACGACCAGCUGAGGGGCUGUGCCCUGUUGGGUAUUACUGUAAGGAUGGACGUGAUGCAACUCCUUGCCCUGAGGGGACGUUCGGGAAUUCUACCGGGGCUGCGAGUGAAAGCAUUGGAUGUGCUGCGUGUCCUCCUGGGUAUUUCUGCCCUCGAGGAACCCCUGGGUACCCCACACGAAGAUUGGUCUGUCCAGCUGGCCACUACUGUCUUGAAGGAACUCGCACUCAAUAUCAAACCCCUUGUCCCGAUGGAAAAUUUAGCCGAGAGCUUGGUCUGGAAAGAGAAAAUCAAUGCAUCGAUUGUCCAAUUGGUUACUAUUGUCCUCAAGGGGAUAGAUACGGUGAUAGGCUGUGUCCCRCGGGUCACUACUGUGGCCAUUCUGUUGGAGACUAUAAGACGACACCUUGUCCCGCGGGAACAUUUCAAGAAGAGCAAGGGUCUCGGUAUAAGUCAGACUGUAAGACAUGCCCUACAGGAUAUUAUUGUAUUCCUGGCUCAAGUGUGCCUACACCAUGUCCACCUGGCAAAUACAGCAGGUUAACUGGUGUAGGUUCUCUGGGAGAGUGUCGUUCUUGUAUCGCUGGUAUGGCAUGUCCUCAGCCAGGUCUGUCGUACCCUCCCGUUAAAUGUGAUGCAGGAUAUUACUGUCCAGCUGGCUCUGUUCUUCCUAAUGCCACCAGACACGCAUGUCCACCGGGUACCUAUACAGACUUUCAUAACUUGACCCAUUCACGUGAAUGUACUCCAUGUCCGGAGAGACAGUCUUGCCAGGCAGGCACGGGAGGGUUGCAGAAACCUCCACAGACAUGUGCUGCAGGCUACUUCUGUCCUCGUGGUACUCAAAGUCCAACCCAGUUUGCCUGCGCUGCAGGGUCCUGGAGCAAUCUAACAAACUUAAGAGACCAAAGUGAAUGUUAUGCGUGCCCAAAGGGAUGGUUUUGUCUCAUGGCAAGUGCUGUGCCCUCAGGGCUUUGUAAACCAGGACACUAUUGCCCAGAAGGUACCCAACGUGGAACUCAGUUUCCUUGUGCAUCUGGUACAUAUUCCAACAAAACUGGGAACGUGCGAUGGGAACAAUGUGAGCCGUGUCCUGAAGGCCAUUACUGUCCUAGAGGAACUGCUGUUCCCGAAAAGUGUCCAAGGGGAACGUAUAAUGAUGUCCUUAGUGCGAAGGAUCUUGGAGGUUGCAAGCCGUGUGUCCCUGGAUACUACUGCCCAGGCACUGCUAACGUCCAGCCCGCUGCAUGUAGAAGAGGAAAUUAUUCGGCAUCCGGUGCAUACGUAUGUUCAACAUGCGAACCAGGAUUCUACUGUGCAAGUGAGACAACCAGUCGUAGUGAGAUGUUAACUGUUAUGAUAUGCCCCGCUGGUCUUCACUGUCCUGCUGGUACUAGUGUUACACCUGAUCUUGUCUCGCAUGCCUGCCAAGCUGGAUCCUAUUGCCUCAGAGGAGAUCAGAAUGCCUUUCCUAUUAAGUGUCCCAAUGGAACAUUCAAUCCAAAUACUGGACGCAAACUUGUCAGUGAAUGUCAGAAGUGCUGGGAAGGAUACUACUGUGAACCUGCCGGACUUACUUCAGUGGCUGAUAAGUGUCCUCCAGGUUACUACUGCCCUGAGGGGACUGGCUACAAGUACUCGUAUCCUUGUCCCAUCGGCUUCUAUCGCAACGCAUCAGCUGCUGUCUCUGUUAUGGACUGUAGUGUCUGCUAUUCUGGUCACUACUGUGAUGACCCUGGCCUAUCAGUACCUAAGAUUUGCCCAGAGGGUCAAUUCUGUCCAACCGGAACGACAACGCCACAGCCUUGUCCAAGUGGAUACUUUAACAAUGCAACAGGUGUCAAGAGAAGCGUAGACUGUACUCCAUGUCCUGCAGGAAGAUACUGUGCUGGCUUUGCUCUGAGGGAACCAACAGGGCCUUGUGAUGCUGGCUUCUACUGCAGAGAACGUGCCUACACAUCGGCGCCUCCAGAGGGUCUGACUGGAGGCCUUUGUCCAGCUGGUGGGUACUGUCCAGAGGGUGCAAAGGUUCCUGAACCUUGUCCAAUAGGCACAUACAGUAGCACUAAGGGUGCUAAAGCUGCGGAAGAUUGUAUUGACUGUGACCCAGGGCAUUAUUGUGCUGGAGAUACCAACCCCGAGCCUACAGGUCCUUGCUCACCCGGGCAUUACUGUACUGGCAAGGCAAGUACACCUAUCCAGUUUGUAACACCAGCUGGUCACUAUUCAGAAGAAAGGGCUUCAGCACCUAUACGAUGUCCUGUCGGAACAUAUCAAGAGGCUAAUCGAGCAUCAAAGUGCACCAAAUGUACUGAAGGAGGAUAUUGUAACGCUACUGGUCUGGUGAGCCCAGUCAAGUGUCCUCCUGGUUAUUAUUGUAAAGCUGGAACGAUAAAUCCUACUCCAUGCGGUCCUGGGACAUACAAUGGCAAUCCUGGUGGAUCAAACAUUGCAUUUUGCGUCAAUUGUAAAGCUGGACAUUACUGUGGCAAACCCGGCUUGGAGAAACCUGAAGACAAGUGUGAUGCAGGCUAUUACUGCCAUGAUGGAUCACCUACACCAACACCAGAUAAUGGCACAUUCAUUAACUACAACGUGACCUCGGACUAUGGAGGUGUAUGUCCACCCGGCUACUACUGUCCCAAAGGCACCGAAGGUCCCUACCAAUACCCCUGUAAAAACGGCACCUACAACCCUGUCCAGCAACGUACUAGUUCUUCAGACUGCAUCAGCUGUGAUCCUGGAAGAGUCUGUAACGGUAGAGGCCUUACUGCACCGACUGGAAACUCCAGUGCAGGAUUCUACUGUGAAAGGGGAUGCGUUACGUCUAUGCCAACGGAUGGAGUUACAGGGAAUAUAUGUCCAGUGGGUUACCACUGCCCCGAAGGAAGUGCCACAAAAAGAGAAUGCGAAGAUAGUACCUACAGCAAUAUCACAGGACUUGCUAAAUGCUUAGAUUGUCCAGAAAGGUUCUACUGUAAAGGAGGUGCAGAUGCUCAUACACCAUUGCCAUGCCCAACAGGACAUUACUGCCCAAAAAGAACAGGUAUCUCUCAGCCAAAGUGCCCUCCUGGUACCUACAACCCCCAGACUGGACUUGCUGGUGAUAAAGAAUGUUGGCCAUGUAAACCCGGCAAAUUCUGUUUAGGCUACGGCAACAAAGAGUUCCCAAGUGCAACUUCAGGCGAUUGUGAUGCUGGUUUUUACUGCAAACUUGGUGUCAACACCCCAAGGCCAAACUCUAACUUUACAGGAAUAGGUGGUGUUUGUCCUCAAGGGUCGUACUGCCUUAAAGGUACUCCAGAACCGAUUGGGUGCCCCAAUGGAACGUUCUCGAAUGUAACUCAGUUAGAAGAUGCUGCAAGCUGUACACUUUGUUCGGAUGGUCACUAUUGCGAAGAGUCAAACCUGACCAGUCCUACAGGCCCAUGCGCAGCCGGGUUUUAUUGUAAGAGAGGAUCCAAUACAGCCCGACCUACCAUUACCACGUCAACUGGAGGGCCUUGCACUGUGGGUCAUUACUGUCCAGAAGGCACGUCUGUCCCCAAGAAAUGUCUUGCAGGCACGUAUAAUCCAAACACAGGAGAAGCUGAAUGCUUUCCAUGCAUGGAGGGAUAUUAUUGUACUGAAGGAUCUACUGGUUAUGUUUCCAGUCCUUGUCCUGAAGGUCAUUAUUGUCCGAAUGGAACGAAAUUUUCCACCCAAUUUCCGUGCCCGAAAGGGUAUUUCAAUAAUAGGACGAUGGCUACGAAUUUGGGUGACUGUCUCCCUUGCCCUGGUGGAAUGUACUGCAAUGCUUCUGGUCUCUCAGGACCGACUGGCGAGUGUGAUGCAGGUUGGUUUUGUGUCAGGGCUGCGUGGGAGAAUAGGCCUCGAGAUUAUGAUAACUUCACAUCAGGAGAUUGCUUAUGCCCCUCAAAUUCUACCGGAGGGGAAUGCCAACCUGGAUUUUACUGUCCUAAAGGCUCGCACGAACCAAAGUUGUGUACUGGAGGGUAUUACUGUGGAACCAAAGGACUCAGCUCAGAGACUGCGCAGUGUGACGCUGGCUGGUACUGUACAGGUGGAGCAAAAAUAAGUCGACCUAAUGACGGAGUAACGGGUGACAUCUGUCCUGAAGGAAAAUAUUGUAUAAAGGGAACCAAGGUACCCGAACUAUGCCCUAACGGAACCUAUUCUAAUAACACCGGGAACAAACAAAUAGGGAACUGUGCCCUUUGUGUAAGUGGGUACUUCUGUCGAGGAAUGGGAAACACGAAACCAACAGGGCAAUGUAACCCAGGUUUCUACUGCGAAAGUGGCCAGGACAAUCCAAAUGCCGCUCAAUGUACUGCAGGUCAUUACUGUAAACGUGGAAGUCCGGCACCUGUUAAGUGUGAAUCUGGAACUUAUCAGAAUGAAGUGCAAAAGGAAGAAUGCAAAGAGUGUCCUGCUGGAUACUACUGUGAUAAUACCAACGAUCUUACUUUAUAUACUUCGUAUAUUUGCCCUAAGGGUUAUUACUGCCCAAAUGGAACUAAAUUCUCAACACAGCAUGGUUGCCCAGAGGGCACGUAUGGUAAUGAAACGAAAUAUUACAGCGCCGACCAGUGUAUCAAGUGUCCGCCCGGCACCUAUUGUAGAGGUUCCUCUGACAGUUUCACUGAAUACUGCACGGCGGGUCAUCACUGCAUUCUUGGAUCAUUCACACCAACGCCCACUGAUAACGUGAGGGGACGUGAGUGUCCCCAAGGACAGUACUGUGUAAAGGGCACUAAAACCCCUGAAAACUGCCCUGCCGGUACUUUCUCGAAUGCAUUCAAACUGAGGAGCGCUUUAGAAUGCACAAAUUGCACGCCUGGGAUGUUUUGCAAUGAUUCAGGGCUGACAACACCAAGUGGUCCUUGCCAUCCACGUUACUACUGUUCAGGAAGAGCAACACAUCCUGCACCACAGGAUGGCAUAACUGGGGGUAACUGUACACCAGGACAUUAUUGCCCCGGUCAGACACCACAGCCCAUACCGUGUGAAGAUGGAAGUUACAUGAAAGACCCUCUAGCAGAUGCCUGUAUACCAUGUCCUGCUGGGUACUACUGUGUUAAUGAUAAGAGUUUAGAUCCAGAACGUUGCCCGUACGGUUACUACUGUCCAUUACGUACUGGAUUUAACUGGAGUUCUUGUCCAAAAGGAACCUACGAUGACAGAGGAGGUCUUGCUAAUGUGACAUCCUGUCGUCAAUGUGGUACCGGCAAGUACUGUGCAUACCCUAAUGCCACCAAAGAAACCGGCUCCUGCAGUGCUGGAUACUACUGUCGUGAAGGUGCCGAUACACCAACUCCAGAAUUCGGUGCAACAGGAGAUGCAGGGCCAUGCCCUAAAGGACACUUCUGUCUAAAUGCAACUGGUGAACCUUACAAGUGUCCAAUAGGGAYGUAUUCCAAUGUGACGCACUUGACAGACUCCAAAUAUUGUGAAAAAUGUGGCUAUGGUCAUUACUGUGGUGAACCGGGUCGCUCAGACUAUUCUGGAGAGUGUGAUCCUGGUUUUUACUGUUUAAGAGGAUCCAAAGUGCCCAACCCACCAAACGUGACAGAAUCUGGAGGGCCCUGUCCUAUUGGUCACUACUGCACAAAAGGAACUUCAUACCCAUUAGGCUGUAAAGAAGGGACUUAUAAUGACCGCACUGGACAAUCAGCAUGUCGAACAUGCUGUGCAGGUUACUAUUGUCCAUCUAACUCAACGUCUUGUAUUAUGGAAUGUCCUAAAGGACAUUACUGCUUGAAUGGAACCGAGACGCCGUAUCAGUUCCCUUGUCCAAAGGGAACUUAUAACAACUUAACUGGCAUGCAAACUAGGAGUUCCUGUAAGCCAUGUCCACCUGGUCAGUUCUGUGGUUCAGAGGGACGUGAUGUGCCGUCAGGCAAAUGUUCUAAAGGAUUUUAUUGCAUACGUGGGGCAUGGACCGAUAAACCAACAGAUCUGGGAGUUGUCGGUUACAGCAACAGUUCCAAUAUAACUCAGUGUUUCUGUCCUAAUACUACCACAGGAGGAAUGUGUCAGCCAGGAGAGUACUGCCCAGCAGGAUCACACGAACCAGUGCCAUGCACUAAAGGAUAUUACUGUGAUGCCUCUGCUUUGGCGAACGUCACUGCACCUUGUGAUCCUGGUUUCUUCUGUGUUCUCGGAGCCAAAGUUUCAAAUCCUCGCGAUAAUAAAACAGGAAAUGUCUGCCCAAAAGGCCAUUAUUGCGAAAGAGGAACGUACAGCCCUACACCGUGCCCCAAAGGAACAUACUCAAACUCUACCGAAAACAAAAAUGUUUCAGAUUGUAGCCCUUGUCUAGCCGGUUAUUACUGUGGUUCUCUAGGUCUUGGUGGUCCUACGAAUGAAUGCGAUAGUGGAUAUUAUUGUCCACCUGGUCAAUCAACCAGUAGACCAACAAAAUAUGAAUGCACGCCUGGUCACUCCUGUCCACCAGGAAGUCCUAUACAGUUAACUUGUGAAUCAGGGAGUUAUCAGGAUGAGUACAAAGGAAGCUCUUGUAAAGAGUGUCCCGAGGGGUACUAUUGUGAUGCUACUAUAAUCAAUGUUACUCACUGUGUUCAUGGAGUUCAGCUUCCUUCACCUUGUGUACCGGGACAUUUUUGUCUGAAUGGUACCAAGUCAGCAAAACAAUACCCAUGUCCUGCAGGAACACAUACAAAUAAAACGCACCGCAAGAAUGCUGCGGAAUGCAGUCCCUGUCCACCCGGAAAAUUCUGCCAAGGAACUGGUAACAAAAUGUGGACCGAAGAAUGUAAAGCUGGUUUUAUAUGUUACGGUGGUGCCAACACGUCUAGUCCAACUGAUGGAAUAACGGGAAAGCCUUGCCCAAAAGGGAAUUAUUGCCCGAAAGGUACUACAGCGACGGUGCCGUGCGAUGCGGGUAGCUAUGGGCCAACAGAAAAACUUGAAUCUCAGUCUCAAUGUAAGCUAUGCGAUCCUGGAAGUUUUUGCGACAAGCCUGGUCUGGAAGCGGUGUCUGGAAAUUGUUCUGCUGGGUUUUACUGCCGUGGUAAUUCAUCUGUGUCAGAGCCACCUGACGAUGAGACAGGGGGUAGGUGUUGGAUUGGCCAUUAUUGCCCGUCUGGUAGUCCUAUUCCUUUCCCAUGUGAACCAGGAAGUUUCAUGAAUCAUACAACAUCUUCCAAGUGUUAUACGUGUCCCGCAGGACAUUACUGUGUGAAUGGCAUCAAGCCUUUACCUUGUCCGGCAGGUUGGUAUUGUCCAGCUGGAACUGGUUAUAAUUGGAAUCCCUGUCCUCGUGGAACUUACAGUCCGGUCCAGUACAUUUACGAGGAAAGUCAGUGUCAUGCAUGUGACCCUGGUUACUUCUGCGAUAGUAUCAAUGCAACGUCUCCCGCAGGAACGUGUGCUGAUGGCUUCUUUUGUCGAAAUGGAUCAGAUUCAAGAACCCCCAUGGGUGGACAUAGAGGGGAUGCUGGUAUAUGUCCAACUGGUCAUUAUUGCCCAGCUGGUAAUGCACUAUCUCCUAUAGCAUGCUCUGAAGGCUACUAUAACAACCAAACUAGUCGCUCCAAAAGUGGUGACUGCCGGGCUUGCCCAGGUGGGUGGUAUUGUGAAAAACCAGGUUUGGAGUGGCCAAGUGGGGAGUGUGACGCUGGUUUUUAUUGCAUAGAAAAAGCUACAAUUCGUAAUCCUAACAAUGUUACUGACACUGGAGGUCCCUGCCCUCCUGGACAUUUUUGCCCUCUUGGCUCACCGUCUCCUCAAGCUUGUCCAGGUGGUGAAUAUAAUUCACUGUGGAAGCAGAGUCACUGUUAUGUUUGCCCCGAAGGACAUUUCUGUCCUAAUGCAUCCUCUAAUUACACUGAAUGUUAUGAAGGAUUUUAUUGUCCAAACGGCUCCGCCAGUCCUUCACCGUGCCCCAAAGGUACCUACAAGAACUACACUAUGGGAAACAAAGAGGACGACUGUAAGAUGUGUCCACCAGGAAAGUAUUGUCCAUUGAAUGCUAUGAAACGUCCAGCUGGAAGCUGCUCUCCUGGGUGGUAUUGUAGUGGAGGUUCUUGGGRAAAAGAACCCUUAAAUACCGCAGACAUAGGCAAUGGCACAGCAGUUUGUCCUUUAAUUGGAAGUAUAGGUGGUUACUGCAAAAAAGGAUCUUUCUGUCCUGAGGGUGCUAAUGCACCUCGACCAUGUACUUCUGGGUAUUACUGUGACCGAGAUUAUCUUGAUAAAGAGGCUGGGUUAUGUACGGCUGGUUACUACUGCAAUGGAAGUACGGUUUCCUCACAUCCUGUGAAUCAGUCAAACGGGGAUCGUUGUCCUAAAGGACACUACUGCCCAACUGGAAGUCCAUACCCAUUACCUUGCAAACCAGGAACCUACGCAGACAAAGAAUACAACCAGUUUAAGAACAACUGCUUGCCCUGUAUUCCAGGGAUGUACUGCCCGCAAUUUGGAAUGCACUAUCCCAAAGGAAACUGUACUAAAGGAUUCUAUUGUCCUGCUGGGCAAACUGAAAUGACUCCCCCAGAUAAGGAAUGUCAGCCAGGUCACUACUGUCCUGAGGGUAGUGGUCAACAAAAUCCUUGUUUGGCAGGAGAAUAUCAACCAUACAAAAGGCAAGAUCAAUGUAUACAGUGCCCUGAAGGAAGUUAUUGUGAUCCAAAUGAGGCACGAGUGAACUCAUCUAGUGGUGCAAAUAGUUCAUCCCACGGUGUUGUUGCUCCCACGGACUGCCCUGUUGGAUAUUACUGCCCUAAGGGAACUCAAUCAGCCAGUCAAUAUCCAUGCCCUAUUGGAACAUUUGGUAACACAACAAAGCUUGCGUCAAAGGGACAGUGCACGCCAUGCACUAAAGGUCACUACUGUGCUACUGAAGGCAAGAAGUUUUCUCCUACUGGUAAAUGUCAUGAAGGGUACUAUUGCAUCGAAAGAGCAAGUCUUCCAAAUCCUAACGAUACAGUAACAGGAGGACCUUGUAUGCCCGGGUUCUACUGCUUGUCUGGGUCUUAUAAGCCUGAACCUUGUUCACCGGGAACGUUUGGGCCACGUUACAGAUUAACGAACUCUUCAGAGUGUGUUGAUUGCUAUGGAGGUCAAUACUGUGCAGCAUAUGGUUUAUCGGCACCUAAUGGGUCUUGCGAUGCUGGAUUCUUUUGUUCUGGUCGUGCAGUCCUUCCGAAUCCUGUGUCUGAAUCUUACGGAGAUGUUUGUCCCUCUGGUCAUUUUUGUCCUGAAGGGACGACCACGCCAUUCAAAUGUCCACCUGGAACAUUCAAUAAUAAAACAAGAGGAACGAUGGCUGAAGACUGUACACCUUGCCCACCUGGAGAAUAUUGUCAAGGUUAUGGACGCGAGUAUCCGAAUGGUAAAUGUGACCCCGGAUGGUAUUGUACGAGAGCGGCUUAUUCUCCUCGUCCUUUGCCUCACAUGAGAGAUGUCUACAAUAACUCAAAUCUCUUCAGUUGCCCUAUCUAUUCUGUCAAUUAUACCGGUGGAAUUUGCCCAAUAGGUCACUAUUGUAUUGAGGGUUCCUCAAAACCACGACCAUGUGUUGCAGGAAAAUUCUGUUCUAGAGAAGGGCUUUCUUCCACUUCCGGAGACUGUCAUGCCGGUUUUUACUGCAAAGGUGGUGAUACUGUCCCAAAUCCAGUCAACUGUUCAGCAGGACAUUACUGUGUCAAAGGCACUCCCAUGGAAGAACCUUGUCCAGCUGGAACAUUUUCUCCCGAUACUGGUAACCAAAAGAGAGAGAAUUGUCAAAACUGUACAGCAGGAUACUAUUGCCCUUCCCCUGGUGCAACGUCUGUUGUAUUCCAGUGCCUACAGGGCUAUUACUGUCCAAGUGGGUCCAUUAACAACGCAACAGAAAUAUGCCCAAAGGGUUAUGAAUGUCCAACCGGUAGCCCACUUCCAUCCAAGUGCAAACCAGGGUUUUAUCAAGAUGAAGAAGGAAAAUGGACGUGUAAGGCUUGCACUCCCGGUUUCUACUGUGAUCCAACGUCUUUAUCUACUGGAGUUAUCAAUCCAGUCAAAUGUUCUGCUGGAAAUUACUGUCCUCGGCAAACAGCUACUGAACAAGAACAUCCAUGCCCCCCUGGUACCUAUGGUAAUGAGACUGGUUUAGAAAAGGUUGGGCGAUGUCGACCGUGCCCUCCUAGAUAUUACUGUGGAGCAGCAGGGCUGGUGAAACCAUCAGAUCUUUGUAAUGAAGGACACUUCUGUCGCCUUAAUGCCUCCUUGCCUACACCAACUGACGGAAUAACCGGAGAUGUUUGCCCUCUCGGGCACUAUUGUAUCAAAGGUUCUUCUGAAGGAGCUGCAUGCCCAGCAGGCACGUUUGGCAAUCGCACAGGGCUUAAGAAUGACUUGGAAUGUCAUCCUUGCAAUGCUGGAUAUUGGUGUCCUUCCCCUACAGUUGUUCCGACUAAGAAAUGUUCUAAGGGCUUCUGGUGUAUAAGUGGUUCUAAGGAACCUUCGCCCAUCAAUAAACCAUACGGAACUGACUGUCCAAACGGAAGCUACUGCCCUGAAGGCACCCCAAUCCCUGUCCCUUGUCCUAAAGGGUCGUACAACCCUUAUCGAGGAAAAGAGAACCGGACUGAUUGCGUUGCGUGUGAUCCUGGAAAGUACUGUGAGACCACAGGACUCAUAGCCGUGACAAACKACUGUGACCAAGGCUACUAUUGCACUAUUAGUGCCCAAAGAAAAAAUCCUACUGAUGGUGUAACAGGAGACAGAUGUCCAAUGGGACACUACUGUGUAGUGGGAUCCAAAGCACCUGCUCCGUGCGAAAAUGGAACUUUCAUGAAUCAUACAGGUGGGCACAAGUGCUAUAUUUGUCCAGCAGGCUAUCAGUGUAUUCGAGGCGUACUUCCCGACCCAUGUCCAAUCGGCUUUUAUUGUCCUGACGGUACUGGAUAUGACACAGUACCUUGUCCUGUCGGUACAUAUGGUAAUCAAACUGGUCUAAAAGAUAAAACUUACUGCACACCAUGUACUGGAGGAAACUAUUGUCAAGUACCUGGAAAGUCUUCAGUCACUGGCAAAUGCGCAAAAGGAUAUUACUGUACAUCUGGUGUUAACGUGAGCGAACCAAGUGGUGCCAACACUGGUAUUGGUGGCAUCUGCCCCGUCGGCAAUGAGUGUCCAGAAGGAAGUGCCAUACCAUCACCAUGCAAAAGCGGCUCUUUUGCUCGAAUGCCCCAAAUGGCAGCUUGCGAACCAUGUACGGAAGGAUUUUACUGUACUGGAACUACCGAGAACCCACAACCAUGUCCAGUCGGGCAUUAUUGCCCGCUGAGUACUUCUACUGCUAAACAGUAUCCUUGUAAACCUGGUACAUAUAAUAACCUAACACAGCAGUCUUCUGAAGCUGCCUGCAUAUCCUGCCCUGCUGGAUGGUAUUGCGAGGGGUACGCAAGGGUAGAGCCAAAUGGUGAAUGUGCCGAAGGUUUUUACUGUUCCGGCGGUUCCUGGUCAAGAAAGCCUGGAGAUAUUGGCAGCGCCAACUACGACAAUGCCACCAGUCCUUCUGAUACUUGCUACAGGAAUUUUGAGUGUGUUUGCCCAGCCUGGAACAAGACAACAGGUGAUAUUUGCCCUGCUGGUUACUUUUGUCCCCUUGGUUCCAAACGUCCAAAACCCUGUACCUUGGGUUACUACUGUGCACAUGCCGGGUUGAAAACACCCACAGCACAGUGCAGCCAAGGAUACUACUGCAAUGAUAGCUCGACUACUCCAAACCAGGCAAAAUGUCCACCAGGAUAUUACUGCCCUAACGGCACAGGCGUACCAGAGGCUUGUCCUGCAGGUACAUUCUCUGGUACAUUUGGCAACGUUAAACUCGAAGAUUGUCAGAACUGCACUUCAGGAAAGUAUUGCGGGGGAACUGGACUUGAUAAGCCCACAGACGAUUGCGCUGCAGGUUAUUAUUGUCCAGGUGGUCAGGCCACGUCUACACCAUUAGGUCUGGAAUGUACUCCUGGUCACCAUUGCCCUAAAGGAAGUCCUUUCCCUCUUCGAUGUACGAAUGGAUAUUACCAGAAUGAGCCGCAAAAAGAAAUUUGCAAGACUUGUCCAGCUCGUUAUUACUGCAACAACACGUUUUCUGCUGUCAUAAACCCAGUACCUUGCGAAACAGGUCACUAUUGCCCAGAAGGAACUGGUGACUACAGAGACUUUCCAUGUCCCGAACGAUUUUUCGGUGGACAGCGAGGGCUGGAGAAUGCUGAUAACUGUACAAUCUGUACAUCAGGCUCAUACUGUAGAACCCCAGGUCUAGAUGCACCUACUGGUCCUUGUUGGGGCGGACACUACUGCAGAGAAGGUGCCCUUCUUCCAAACCCUGAGAAUGAUCGGCUUGCAUCUGUUAAUUGGCCUCAUCAACUCUUUCCUUUCGAAUACCUUAAUGCCGCAUGUCCUCCUGGUCAUUACUGUACCAAUGGCACCAAGGUACCAGAACCAUGCCCUCCAGGAUUUUACCACAACACUGGUCGCAUUUCAUCAAAAGCAGAAUGCAUGCCUUGUCCAAUAGGAAAAUAUUGUCCGAAUAUUACAAUAACAGGUGGUGUGGCUCCUGACUGUAGCGCAGGCUAUGUGUGUAGUGGAGGUUCGAGUAAGCCAGAACCUGAUAAUCCCAAUAUGGGGUAUUUGUGUCCUCCUGGAUUCUACUGCCCGGCCGGAACAAACGCUCCUCGUAGCUGCCUACCCGGAUCUUAUCAACCCAACAAGGGCCAAGGAAAUUGUACCAAGUGUAGUCCAGGAAGUAUGUGUCCGUACCAAAAUAUGACUCAAGUCGUGGCAUGCAAAGCUGGAUACUACUGUCCUGAUGGAACGCCUAAACCCUGCCCACUAGGCACAUAUGGAAACAAAACUGGUCUAAAUAACAUUAACUUAUGUACUGAUUGCCCUGCUGGGGAAUAUUGUUCAGAGGCUGGAAGUACAAGGCCGAAGGGGGAUUGCGCAAAGGGACAUUACUGUGAAGGCGGGGCUAAUUCUUCAACUCCAGGUCCAAGUGCAAAAUACCCCGGAAACGGACUUUGCCCUGAGGGACAUUAUUGUGUGGAAGGAACCCAAACACCUCAACAAUGUCCUCCAGGGACAUUCCGUAAUAGUACUGGAGCUGAAUCCAUACAUCAGUGUCUUGAUUGCACACCUGGCUGGUACUGUGAAGGCUAUGGGAACAAGCAACCAACAGCCCAGUGUGACCCUGGUUAUUGCUGUCCAGAGUUUUCAAGAGCCAAUGUAUCACAACCAACUGGAUAUAUUUGCCCGAAAAAUCACAAGUGUCCAAAAGGAACAGCAGAUCCAAUAGAGUGCAAGCCAGGGUCAAAUCAAGAUUUAGAAGGCCAAUCUACAUGUGACCUGUGUCCAGCCGGCUAUUAUUGUCAACCAACACCCAUUAAAUGCCCAAAGUACCACUACUGUCCAGCAGGGGUUACUGUACCAAUACCCUGUCCAAAUGGAACUUUCACCUACGACGACAUGGCCGGACUUGCAAACGCAUCGCAGUGUCUCCCUUGUAUAACAGGCCACUACUGUCGUCUUGGUCAGAUAAUUAGAACUUGUAUGGGGGGAUACUUUUGUAAAAGUAGAAGUCCAGAUCCUAACCCGGAUGGUUAUGGUCCACCAGUUGAGGCAGGUCCUUGUCCAAUGGGUUACUUUUGUCCUAAUGGUACCAAAGCUCCAAUACCUUGUCCAAUCAACACUAUGAAAAACUACACAGGUGGUACUGGAUAUAUUUCGGACUGUCUUACAUGUCCUGCUGGAAGAUAUUGUGUGAACGGGUCGGCUUCCGGAGUUCCUUGUCCUCCUGGUCAUUACUGUGAGUUAGGAACAUAUCCCAAGGAGUGUCCAAUCCAUCGUUAUCGAGAUAUAUCGGGAGGCAAAACUCUCAAUGAUUGCUUCGAAUGCCCCGCUGGACAUUGGUGUAACGUUACAGGCAUGAAUAACUAUAAUAACAGCAGAUGCCCUCUUGGAUAUUACUGCUUAAGAGCUCAGGAGCCAACACUUUGUCCGGCUGGACGGCGUCGAGAAUUUCCUGGUGCCAAAAAUGUAACGGAUUGUGGCUAUUGUCCGGGAGGACAUUACUGUCCAGAAAACCGAACCAACAUAAACGGUAUCAUUUGUCGGGCUAAAUAUUUUUGUACCAAUGGAUCUGUAUCGGAAAAACUCUGUCCUGCUGGAAGUUACUGCAAAAUACAAACAAGGGAUCCAAAAAUAUGUCCAGGUGGAACUUACUGCGAAGAAGGAUGGUCCUCUCCAGUGCCUUGUGAAUACCCGUACUACUGUCCAGAAGGAUCGACUUACCAACAUUUAUGUAAGCUAGGCUAUUUUUCCUUGACUAGGGAUAGACCACGUGAGAACCACACCCAGACAUGUCAGAUCUGCCCAGCUGGCACCUAUGGUAAUGAUGAAAAACGACUGAACUGUACUGAAUGUCCUUCGGGGUAUUACUGUCCUGCUGGUACCAUCGGACCACACCAGAACCCAUGUCCCAAGGGAUAUUACUGUCCGUUGGGGAGUGGAGACAAGUACCCAUGCCCUGCAGGUAGCUAUGGUAACCGCUCCCUAGCAACAAGUCCAUCUGAUUGCUAUCUGUGUCCCAAUAAUACUUUCAACAAUGUAGCCGGAAGGACGGCUUGUAGGCCGUGUGGAAGCAGUUCUACCGCAGGAAAAGGCCAGGCUAAGUGUACAUGUAUUGGUAUUAAUCGGGCUUUCCAGAUAUCCGAUGGAUCUUGUCAGUGUAAGUCCGGUUAUGUCUAUUUUGAUGAAGCUGACUUGUCGAAAUCUGAAGGCAAUAGCGACAACGACUGUCAACCAGAGGUUGAUACUCGAUGUGGUAACGGGCAAUACCGCCAAUCAUCCACAAGGCAAUGCAAAACUAUGGAAGACUUGCAGAGAGAGUGCAAACAAAUAACAUGUAGUGGUCCCGGGGAGUUUAAAGAACAGUAUGGCUCAUGCGUUUGUAACUAUAACCCAAUUGAUUGCGACCUUCAAUGUGAAGCGUCAAGACCCAAGUUUACCGUCCGAAGAAACGAUUUGGGUAUACUAGAACUAGUGACCUCAAACGGUUCGAAUUCCACCGUCCAGGCAAUCACAGGAGAACUUGGCGUUAGUGACUUUGAUCGUACUGAUCACUCUUCUGAGAUUAUCUCGUACGGGGCAGAUGGUAUUAAAGGUUAUAUCCCGCGGGAUUUCAGUCAAGCUAGUGAAGUUGUAUCACAAACGCCCGUCACAUUUCCUACUCAAGCACCUACUGUGUCUGCGCGUCGUAGACGGAGGGCUGUUACCCUUCCCAGUAAUGAAACCUCAGUAGGCAACAACGCAAGCCAAGUUGUCCAAAACCCGUUAUUCUGUUUCCUGAUUGGACAAUCGUUAGUCUUCAAAAUCCUCAUCAAUGAGCAGAACCGCACGUUGAGUCAUUAUCCCCGAUACCGAAAGAACCACUUGUUCAAUACUAAUCCUUCGUUCGACUAUGGAAACUUCCGUCAGCUCCAUUCUAUUAUCACCGAGACAAACAAGACUCUCUACCUGUUUGUUCACGUGUUUGAGGAAGCAGGAACGUUCGUGUUUUAUGAUAACGCCGUGCCGUCAAGAGAGACCGUUGUUUCUGUCAUGAAACUGGGAGAAAAAUGUCCCUUCAACAGAACCAUGGAGGCUACAAAUGAAAAGACUUAUAACUUACUAGGAGUGAAGAAAGCUGAGCCCCAGAAUCUAGAACCAAAUUGGAAGGUUAUAUAUGGAAUGACAGCUUUCAUGUUCAUCUGUGUGAUUAUGCUGAUCAUCGCCAUUUUCAUUUGGCGGCCAAGAAGUUUUGGAAAGUAUCCCAUAGCAUCGUUAAGGCCCAAAUACAAAGCCCUGGGGGCGCCUGUACCCGUGGUACCUAUUCCAGGAAUAGACGACAACCCUGAAGAACUUGGGCCACGUGGUGUCGCUGAAGGAGCGCCAUCUUAUGAAAGUCACAAUGUCAAAUUCGAACUUGAGAACUUCAAUGUAAGAACGCUGUACGAUAAGAUUGAAGAUCAGACGUUACACAUGAGCUCUCAACUCUCGAGACACCAAGCUGAUUUGAAGGGAUUCUUUGAUCGUAUUAUGCAACAAACAGACAAGCUCAAGGGAAUGCUUGAUAACCUCGAUGUAUCUGCGCUGAUUAAAGCCACACGUGAGCAAGAACGUACUGGUGGGGGUGGCCAAGGAGGACAAGGUGACGUAACACAGGAAGCCCACCAACAGGCUGCUCCUUCAGACAAAUCAAAACACAAAGGCAUGACUGCUGGAUCUCAGCUUCGCGAACAGGAUCUCAUGGCUAGUCUACAGGCUCUCCUUGAAAGAGUAGAAAAGGGAAACUUUGGGCAAGCAUAUAGCAUCGGUACAUCUGUAUCAGGCAUUAUACAACAACAAGCGGCAACACCCCAAACAGUGCACACUCAGUACCAAGCCAGUGAAGCACCCGCCACUCAAUGGCAGAUUCACAGUACGAGUGAUGUCAGUGAGUUCUUGCGUACAAUGAAUAAAGAGAGAAUGCACUUGGAACAGCAGCUGAGUAGAGAAGAAGAAACAACCAUCCACAAGCUUGUCAAAGAACAGGAACAAAAACGAGCCCAAGGUAUGAAAGAAUUAGCAGAAAAGCUCGCCAACAGGCUUGCUGCAGGAGACUUAAGCGAAGACGAAAUGAAAGCCAUAAUGGACGAUCACGAGAAAGAGGUUGCCAAUCUUGAGAAUGCACUAGAUGCGGAGAAAGAAAAACAGAUGGCGAACCUGAGAGAUAAGCUAAGGCAACGAAGAGAAGAAAAAGAAGCUGCUCUUUUAAGAAAACAGAAAGAGGAGGCUGAAAAAUCUAAAAUCAAGCUCGAUGACGAGGUCCCCAAAGCUAACGCUGAAGUACUGAUCAAAAGCCAGGAAGGCUUGCAGGAAACUAUCGUCCAGGAAGAGAUCAUUGGCCAGGCAAAGGCUGAGGUGGAGGCAUCAAAUGAGGAAGUAGAAACUUAUAGGAAAAGAAUGGGUGRCAUGUUCUGCAGUACAGUGGAUGAUCUCGUAACCUCGGGAUCACUUGAUCCUGAUGCUGCAGAACGGCUAAAGAAUGAACAGAUGAGUGCUGAAGAGAAGCUGGCUCGCGACUUGGCUCAACGCAAGGCUCUCCAGGUAUCUCUAAUGAAAGCUAAACUGGCCAAGAAGAAGAAAGACAGAAUGAAGAAACUGCGACAAGAAGAAGAAGCUGAAAAGGCGAAGGCCAUAAGUGAAGGCGAAGAUUUGGAAGAAUUACAGAAGCAACAAGAACAAAGACGAUUGGCCAUGGAAGCUUCCUUAGAAGCAGAAGCAGUUCGUAAUGUUGGUGAACUAGAGAUAAGACUUAACGAAGAGCACAAAGAAGAGGUUAAACAACUACACAAGACUCUCCUAGAAAAGCUGACUACAGGAAACAAUCUAGACGCGGUACUACAGCAGCAGAUCUUGGAUCAGUUCCGUAAAGACAAUGAAAUGCUGCAGUCCCACCUUGAGAAGAAUAAAAACAAGAGUCUCGAUGAAACAAAGGCUAAGUUAGCAGCGCGUUUAGCACGCAGACAAGAAGAGGCCCGACGUAGGUCUGAAGAAGAUGCUGCGAAACGAAUAUUAGAAGAACAAAGCAAAGCUCUGGCCGCUAACAAACCAGUAGAUGCAGACCAUGUUGCUGUGCCUGAUGUACUGAUACCUAAUGAGACCGCUGAAGAGCAGGCUCUGAAGAAACAACAGCAAAAGGUAGUCGAGGAGAUGCGUAUACGUCAUGAAGAAGAAGCUCAAAAAGCCAAAGAUAAAGUAGGCAAAGAAAUGAAAGAAGAAGAAGAAAAAGCCUUACGGUCAGUAGACGCAGACAAAGAGCGACAGAUGAGAGAAAUCAAAGAAAGACAUGCUGCAGAAAUAUCAGCUCGUAGUAACACCAUGACUCCUGAAGAACUACAACAGCUUCUUGCAGCUCAUCAACAUGAAGUCGAUGAAGCACUGGAGAAAAUAGAUGCUGAACGUAACAGACAGCACUCAAACCUACGAGCCAAACUCGCUGAAAAGAAAAAGAAGAAACUCGAAGCUGUUCAGCGAAAGCAGGAAAAUGAAAUGUCGAGAGAACUGAUGGAACAAAAGAAAGAAUUUGAUGAAGUUCGCAACGAACAGGUGAAGGAGGCAGAGAAACAAGCCAUGAUCGAAGGCAUCCGUGAAAAUGGUGUUGAAGCAGCUGAGUUUGUCAUUCGAAAGGUCCUAGAGAAGAGACAAGAACAAGAAAUUAGUGACUUGGAGAAAAUGUUCAGAGAGGAAAGAAGAGUGGCUGUCGAUGAAGCACUGGCCAAGAUGGAAGAAAAACAUGCACAAGAGCAGGAGGAACUGAAACAGAAGGAACAGGAAGAACUCGAUGCUCUUGGUAGAGAGAAGUUGACCCCAGAGGAACUACAACAGCGCCGCGCUCAACUUUUCAAUAAACAGCAGUUAAGACAGAGUGCUUUGGACAAGAAGCAAGCAGACGAGAGAAAAAAGAUCCAACAUGGUGCAGUGGCUGAUUGGGAGGUCAGAUAUGCGCGAGCUAAGCUAGAGUUGAAAGAAAAGCAUUACAAGGAAUACGCCGACUGCCUUAGCCAGCUGACUCCAGAACAGGCAGAGGAACAUCGCAAGUCUGUUGAGAAGGCAUUGGCAGCAGCGAGAGAACUGGAUGAAGUCAAAAAGAAACUCGAUGAACAGCGAGUCGAAACCGAAGAAAAAAUCAGGAAAGAAAAUGAAGAUUUUGAACGCGAACAGGAGGCUCUAAUGGCAGCUGAGUUGAAUGCAUUUGAACAACAACUCCAGGACGAAGAAGAGGAAGAAAAGAAAAAGAACGAAAAGGCAAUCCUUGCUCUAAAUGCUAGAAAAGAAGCUUUGCUUAAAGAAAAGAAAUCCAAGGUCAAACAAGAGAUUGAGAAGCUGUCUAAACAAGGAGGUUCAAAGGAGGAACAAGAAGCACUUCUUAAAGAACACAGCAAGGAUUUGGCGAAACUAAUGAACAAGAUGGACGCUGACAGGAUGAGGAUGCAGAGUUCGCUCGAGGAUAGGUUARAGAAGAAACGAGAAGCCAAAAAGAAUGCUAAACUUCACGAACUGACGGAUAAGCUAAUGGAGGAAAAGACUGAGCACCAAGAAAAACAACAGGCUGAACAAGAUAGGGAGCAGGCAAAAGAAGUAAUAGCAUUGAAGGAAAGCAUUCAAAUUGACAACUUGGUGUCCGAUACCCUAAAAUCAGAUGCACCACCCCCACCCCCUCUUACUGUCAAAGCAAUGCCAGACAGCUAUCAAAUGGCCGCACCUCUCAGUGAAGGAGAGCUAACCAAUCUCCUCAUGUCAUCACCGCUGUACCAGAAGUUAGAGGCAAUCAAGUCAUUGCUGAAGGAAGGCGCUGGGAAAAACGUUGGAUCAUCAACCACAGCUGGAGAAGGAUACAUUGAUAUCAAAGAUGAUACUCUGUUUGGAGGCGAUGACGAGCUUGUUCCAGUAGAUCUCAACACUCUGUCAGGUCGAUCGUUCGUGGUUUAUAAAUUUGGCUGCUUCAUCACAGACCUCCUCUCUGUUCACUGCCAUCAUAUCCCAGUGACCCUUCUUCUCGCUACCAAGCUCCCACCCAACACACACCUCGAAAGGAACGCCUAUCGAAAUUCCUUCUUUUUCGAUGCAAAUAACAGAAUUUUGUACCUAAGAGCUGAUCGUAUGGACAACGUUGGAGAAUUUGUAGUGGUCAUUGUACACUGCCUGGCUCACAUCGCCGCGGGUGACCUCAGAGAUGAUUCCAACCCUGUGUUCUUGAAGGAAUUCCAUCAAGGUCUGGCAGUUACCUGUGAUGACCUGUUCUUCUCACGGUACAGACGCUCCUCUGCUUUGUCUCACACACUUGCCUCAUUACCGCAAAAUAUCAAACUCGAAGAAGCCAGUCGAGAACUUUUGGAAUCCGUUUUCGGAGAUUCACAUACCGAAGCAGAUAAAUCAAACGUCGUAGAGGAGCUACUUGAUUUGCGUCUUCUUCGUGGGGCCGGCAGAGAUGGUGUUCACUUUACGCAGGAGGGAUUAAUAGAACGUCUUACAAAGUACAGUGGCUUUCUACUAAGCUCCAACUUACGUGGCUACCUCGGGGAUGUUGAAGACAAGACGAAAGACGCAAGACUUCAAGGGUCUGAAGAAUAUAUUGACAAACGGCUGCACCAGCUUACUGGACAACAACAACAAGACCGACUGAAAUCUCGGUACUCCCAGGCAUCUGGGGAGUUACUUGCAAGAGGAAUGUCCAGGCAAAUGUCACGGACGAUGGCAGUGUCCAGAACAGCAACUAGUCUACCUCUGUCAGGAAAAUCCCAGUCAAAACCAAAGGACGGAUCGAGAGACGAAGAUUUAUACCGGGUUUUCUUAGAGGUCCAAGUAAGUGAGGUACAAGAAAAGGUAGACAGCCUUAACGAAGAGUUCACCAGACUUUCCAGACAAUCAUUAGAAGCUGAUCAAAGUAUUAAAGAACUGGAACAAGAACUGAUGGCACAGAUGGACCUCUUGAAGGACGCCCCUGAAGGCUCUAAGGAAUAUACCAAGAAUAGACAACUAAUCCGUGAAAGUGCAAGUAAGCUGAACAGUGCUAAGUCUAACCGCGACUCCCUUGCCCUUCAAAGAAGCAACUGCCUUCAGAGGUUUGAAUUGUUCAAAAAACAACUCGAAGAAAAAUUGAGCCAACUAGAACUGUACAGCGGUAAACCAGAGAGUGAAAGACAACAACAGACUGAAAAGAAAAUGCAAUCUCUGACUAAGGGACAGAAAAAACGAGCUAAGAAGUAAAUAAUGAACAACCUUAUAAACUUUAUAGAGGCUGAAUACUCAGCUAUGACUAAUUCUGAUCUAAAAUGAAUACAAUUGUAGUCUCACUUGAUUAAGCUUCAGUAUUUAUUAAUGAAUAAUGAACGAGGUAUUUAUGAUCAUCAGUCAGAAAACAUUGAUGUCAUGCAUGCAGUAUAUAAACUGCUUGGAAUUAAGUUAUUUUUUUUAUCAUUCCGAUAGUCUUAAUUGUAUAUUUUUAUAGAAUUAUAGUCAAAAUUGUAAAUCUUAGAAUAAAAUCUACUUAGUAGAAAAGAGUCACAAAAAGUUCCAUUAGAAAAAAAUCUAAAUUUAUCAGGUCUUCCAAGUGACUCCUGUUUUGGUAUUUUCUUUAAUUUAUAUUAGUAGUAAUAGUAAUGAAAUGGUACACCUGCUUCCGCUGAAAAAAAAUCAAAUGUUGUAAAUAUUGAUGUGUGAGACCAGAGUUAAUAGAGGGGACCCUCUUUUAACUCUGGUAAGACUAAUAAACUUUUUUCUCUCAACUUUACAUAAAAUAUGAGGCUUGCUUUAAGGAUCUGCGCGUCACGUUGGGUUUGGUGUUGAACACAAUAGACCUCGGCUCUGGAGGGGGAGCGCUCGAGCGUAAUGUUGUCCCAUUUCAGACCACGUGUCAUUCCCUCGAGAAUAAUAUUCUUUGUUUGAGUGGUAUCAAUAUUCAUGUGUCUUCUCAUGUGCAACCGAGCGCAAACCUUAAACGAAGAAAUGAUACUCUAGGGAAUGACACGUGGUCUGAAAUGGGAAAACAUUACGUCAGAGGUGAGGAGGUCUAUAGCACAAGACAUCAGGAUCAGUGUAUUUGCUGCUAAUCUUUCUACACAAUAAAAAAUGCAUGCUCAA